UCACGUGACGCAAGAAAAGGGGCGGGGCCAGAGGGCGGAAAUCGCGCGGUGCCAACGGAGCCCGGACAUGGCGGGCGUGAAAGCUCUCGUGGCCCUGUCGUUCAGCGGAGCCAUCGGGCUGACGUUCCUCAUGCUGGGCUGCGCCCUGGAGUACUACGGAGUGUACUGGCCUCUGUUUGUGCUGAUAUUUUACUUCAUCUGCCCCAUUCCCCACUUCAUCGCCAGGAGGGUGGGUGAUGACACGGAUGCAGCCAGCAGUGCCUGCAGGGAGCUGGCYUAUUUCUUCACCACGGGAAUUGUGGUUUCUGCCUUUGGAUUUCCCAUCAUCCUUGCACGGGUGGAAGCAAUCAAAUGGGGAGCCUGUGGCCUGGUGCUGGCUGGCAAUGCAGUCAUUUUCCUGACCAUUUUAGGCUUUUUCCUUGUGUUUGGCAGAGGAGAUGACUUUAGCUGGGAGCAGUGGUAGAGCUGCCUGUGSUGCUGGUGAUUUGGGAUUUUUUCCUGCCCCUUUUGGGGGUGGAUUUAUAGAUGCUAUAAUGUGUGUGGUGCCUAUCCAUUAUUAUCAUUCAUAACUUGCUUGUUUGAAAUGCACUUCAGCCAAAGGGACAGUGCUGACAGUUGGCUUCAAGCAGUCACUAAAAUCUAUAAUUAUGGUGGAUUUAUCCUUGAAGAAGUUUACAAAACAGAAGUUUUACCCAUUUUUUUCACUGUAUUUGUGUUAAUUUUUGGUUUAGUUGUGGUGUCAUUGAUCCAUGUGGUAUUGGCCACUACUCCUGUUGGUUUUUUAACCAUAUAAUCAAAGAAAAUAUCAAAAUUAUCCUAAUUGGAACUGUUCAACUGAUCAAUCUUUAUGCCUUAAUUAGGGAUGAGUUACUAUUUCCUUUAUAUCUCAUUAAUUGUMAUUUGAGUGKUUUUUCUUGAUGACAUARAG